AUGGUCAACAAGACCUUAAAUUACUGGGGUCCCGGUUUUGAGGAGGACGUUAUCAACAUCAACGUGGGGGGGCUGAGGAGGCGGCUCAGCUCCAGCGCCCUCUCCAAGUUCCCCGACACCCGCCUGGGCCGCCUGCUCUCCUGCGAUUCAGAGGAGUCCAUCCUGCAGCUCUGCGAUGACUACGACGUGAGCGCCCGGGAGUUCUACUUCGACCGAAACCCCGGCUUCUUCCUCUACGUGCUCCACUUCUACCAGACGGGGAAGCUGCACGUGAUGGAGGAGCUGUGCGUCUUCUCCUUCUGCCAGGAGAUCGAGUACUGGGGCAUCAAUGAGUUCUUCCUGGACUCCUGCUGCAGCUACCGCUACCACGAGCGCAAGCUGGAGAGCCGGCACCACAACUGGGAUGAGGAGAGCGAGGUCAGCAGCGUGGACACGUCCCCCGAUGAGAUCUCCGACAUCAACCACGACCUGCUGCGCUACAGCACGCUGCGCUGCGGCAAUGUGCGCAAGCGCCUCUGGCUCACCAUGGAGAACCCCGGCUACUCCAUCCCCAGCAAACUCUUCAGCUUCGUGUCCAUCAGCGUGGUGCUGGUUUCCAUCGCCACCAUGUGCAUCCACAGCAUGCCCGAGUACCAGGAGGUGGAUGAGAAUGGCACCGUGCUCGAUGAACCCAUCCUGCACAAGCUGGAGUAUUUCUGCAUCUCCUGGUUCACCUUCGAAGUGUCUUCCCGCCUCCUACUCUCCCCCAACCCCAGGAAGUUCUUCACGCACCCGCUGAACCUCAUUGACAUUGUCUCAGUGCUGCCCUUCUACUUCACCCUCGCAGUGGAUGUGACCAUGGGCAGUGACUCGGAGCUGGGCAACCUGGGCAAGGUGGUGCAGGUGUUCCGGCUCAUGAGGAUAUUCCGGGUGCUGAAGCUGGCUCGGCACUCCACCGGACUGAGGUCGCUGGGGGCCACCUUGAAGCACAGCUACCGGGAAGUGGGGAUCCUGCUGCUCUACCUGGCUGUGGGGGUCUCCGUCUUCUCCGGCGUGGCCUAUACUGCUGAGAAGGAGGAAGAUGUCGGCUUUGACACCAUCCCGGCGUGCUGGUGGUGGGGCACGGUCAGCAUGACCACUGUGGGCUAUGGCGACGUGGUACCCGUCACCGUGGCGGGCAAGCUG